UGCGGAGCUGUUUCUGCGGAGACCUUUUUUCAACAGCCGCGGGACGUCAACAUGGCGAUCUCGUCGAUUUCGCCCCAAAAGAAGAUGCAGCUGAAAGGCCGAGGAAGUGGUGAGAGUAGCAACGGAUCCGAAACAAGUUUGUCUGUCCAAGUCAAG